AGUUGGCAACGCCGCGACAGUAGCAAUGGCCGCCCUUGCUCGGAAGGGGCAGUGUAAAUACGAGAAAUCGAACUGCUUAUUCGCGUACCAGGUAAUUUAAGGGUAAUGAACGAUCACCUGGAGCCAUUUCAAGUUACAUCGGGAAGACAUGGGUCCCAUUUGUGCCUUCGCAAAGCUCUAGGAGUGAGUGCAGUACCUCUGUAGACGUCGGCGUGCGGAGGUGUGUCAGUGAGGACACCUGUGUAUUUCGUAGCGCUGUGUUGGUGUAAGCUUUGACAACUCCGAUGCACUGAACGUUUAACAGCGAGAUCAUGAUGGUUCGACAGAGAGAUAGGAUGUACUCCGAGUGGCUGGUGCUUCCCGUGACCGAGGAUGCUCGUGAGCGCUGCACGAGCGUGCUCCAGAAGUUUCCCUGCGCCGCGGGGAGGAACGUGGUGACGGCUGUACUCCACUCCCUGGCCUCCAACUUGGGCAUCAGCAGUGCAAAGUGCGAGCCGAGCACCCUGGUGUCUGACAUCGAGGUCAACUGGUGCAUGGAGGUGAUCUGCUUUGGCCUCCAGCUUCCGCUGUCGGAGCACGAGGCCAUCAGGGACUGUGUGCACGUGUACUGCGAGUGGAUGCAGGCCCUGACCCAGCCCAAGGCGUGCGUCCCCAGGCCCGUCCAGGAGGAUGCCAACCAGUACGUCCGCAGGAUGCUGCGACACCUCUACAAUCUGUUCGUGCCUCGUGAAGACUGCCAGAAUGACAACAUGAUCAGUCGUCAGGCCGUGCUGUGUCAUCACGUUCUCAGACGACUUCAGUCAGUUGCUCAAGACUCUACAACCAUUGAGAAAGAGACCUGGGACGAGAUCCUCCUCUUCCUAUUGGCUGUCAAUGAUGUCCUCCUGGCUCCACCCUCCAGAAAAGACGACAUGGGCAGCCACCUGUGCGAGCGAAUCCUGACUGCACUGUUCGAGGUUUGGCUACUGGCCUGCCACCGCUGCUUCCCCUCGCCCAACCUGUGGAAGACCCUGCGGGAGUUGUGUUGCACCUGGCGGCACCGGGGCGCCCUGGUGGAGCAGUGGAACAGGGUCAACCUGCUCCUCACUGCCCGCAUGCUCAGGCUCAUGUACGGCCACCAUUAUCCGGACCUCAAGCUGGAGGAGGAUGCCCAGGUACUUCCAGCGGAGAUGACCGGGGAGCAGGUGGCGCAGGCCUGGUACCGCUUCCUUCAGCUGCUGGGGGACCCGGUGGACCUCUGCCGCCCAGAGCUCAUCAGCCAGACGCCGGGCUUCUACAGCCUGCUGGAGACUGCGGACACCGUCGUGGACCCCUUUCAGAACCCCUGCCUGUCUGCGCUGCCCCACAUAUUCCAGAGGGCCAUGGCGGGGCUGGCCACUCUGGUGGACGCUUUCCUCGGAAUCAGCCACGUGGCCAUUGAAGACGAUCACCAGAAGUCCUUCUCGUCUCACUCGAGCGCGUCGUCCGUGUCGGGGGCGUCGCAGACCAGCUCCGGUCUGACGACGACCACUCCGCCGCACCAGCGGAGGGGACCGAACCGCAUCACUGCCAUUCCCAACUUCAAAGGCAUGUCCAAGCCCGGGGUGUUCAACCGCUCUGCCACGUCUUCGGGCGGUGCGCCGGUUGUUGUCGCCGGCGCAUCCGCGCUGGCGGCGGUGCAGUCGGUGCUACCGCCUUCGACCCAGCCAGCGACGCCAUCGCCCUUGCAAGUCCGCUCGUCGCCGGCGUCGAUGCGUCCGCGCUGCAACUCGAUCCUGCACCUCUACGGGUCCUGGCUGUUUGAGGCGGCGCUGGUGGGCUCGGAGCUGGACACCCAGCACACUCCGUCACAGUCUCAGGGCGACGGCAGUGCCGAGAGCAGCGUCCACUCCCGCUCAAGCUCGGUGCUCGACUCCGGGGGCAGCGGCCGUGGAGGAGCGCAGUCGAGCUUGCCUGGCGUGCCAGAGUGGAUCGAGGUCCCGCCGUGCCUCAGUGCGGAGAGCUUCGAGGCCGGGCAGGCCGAGGCAGUGGGUGCCCUCUGCCGCCUGUUCUGCGCCAAGCGCACGGGCGAGGAGGUCCUUCCGGUGUACUUCUCCCGCUUCUACCUGGCGCUGCGCCACAGCCUCAGCAACAUUGAGAGCAAGGCCCAGGUGGUUGCGAGCGUGCUGCUCAACUCGUGCGACCUGUUCCGCCAGGACAUGGAGGGGGUCAACGUCCUCCUCCCCCUCUUCUUUCAAGCCCUCGAGUCUGUCUUCUGCCCCGACCGGGAGUCCAAGAUAAGGUUGGUGCCCAACAUUUCUCAGGUGGAGCUCCGCUGGUCUUCCACCCACCUGCUCUUGUCCAUGCUCCCACUUCCACUGCAUUACGGAAACCUUCUGCUGAAAGACUUUGGGUCAAGCCAGACAGUGACCUUCCAGUCCCUGAGACCACGCCUGAUGAACCUUCUGAUUGGAGCGCUCCAGAACGAGACGGAUUCAACCAACACGCAGAUGCUUCUGGGCGGUCUUCUGUUCUGCGUGCAAGACGCAACCGCCCACGAGGAGGCCAAUCAGGUGACCCAGCCGGCUUCGACGGGUCAGGACAAUGCCAACAUGACCUACUCCAACCUUCUUUGCUCCGAUGAGGAGUCCCCGCGGUGGUUGCGCAGGGAGAAAUCGCAUAGCUUGUCCUCAGAAUCUGACUGGGACCCGUUUGGAGCUGAUGGCCUCGAUUCGGCCAAUGCACUGUUUGUGCGUUCCAUCUACCUGGUCUGCCACCGGCUCAUCUCUUCGUGGAAGACGGACAUGCACGUUUCGCUGGCUGCCCUGGAGGUGCUUUCGGGACUGGCUAGGAUACGCCAGCCCCAGCAGGACUCCCUGGAGUGUCGGCGUGCCGUGAAGUGGAUCUGCGACUUCGUGGUGUACCAGUGCCAGCGUCCCCCGCCGUUCCACUCCCGCGACCUCCACUCGACCAUCGUGGCGGCCUUCCAGUGCCUCACCACGUGGCUCAUGGCGCACCCACUGCUGUUGCAGGACAAAGAGUGCGUGCACUACGUGCUCGAGGUGGUCGAACUCGGCAUCUCCGGCUCCAAGUCUCAGCCCAAGGUUUCCGACGUCCCCCUGCUCAAAGCCGAGAAGGAACUGAAGCCGUCUUCGCUGCGAGUCAAGGAUGCUGCGGAGGCUGCACUUUCCUGCAUGAUGGACCACGUGGGCUACUUCCCCAAGCUGGCGGGUCCGGAGACGCUGUCGUCUCUUCUAGACGAGGAAGCGCUGCUCAAGUUUGGCCACCCAGACUUGGCAAUGCCCGUGCCGGAGGCCGUCGGGAAGCACUUUCGCUACUUCGUCACUCAGAACUCCGCCAUUGUCGCCAUCCUCGAGGAGAAUCUCGGCAACGAUCAAGGAGCCCUUCCAACUGUGACCUUGUUAGUAAGGGUGCCAUUUGGAAGACACGCCUGGACUAUGCAACUACGUCAUCUUCCGAGGCACAAGUCCGGGGCUCGGAGUACGGUUGCCAACCCGGGACGUCCCAUGCCGCAGUACGACCCUCCGCUGCACAACCAUCCGCCUCCGAGUUACUUUCCUGAGACCACGGCGGACAUUCCCACCUGCGAGAUCGACAAGAGCAUUCCGGAUCCGACGAGCUCCACGCUGACCCGGGAGGAGGCGCAGAUGUUGGGCUUCCUGGACCAGCAAGCCAAGAUGGAGAAGAGCGUGUGCCGGCGAUGGGAAGAUGCCAUGUGGCAGCCCGGAGCGCUCAGCCCGAGCACCGACUGCAAGGCACCGAGCGUCUGCCAAGAGUUCCAGACAGCUCGGCUCUUCCUGUCGCACCUUGGCUUUCUCUGGGACGACACUUCAAAGGGAUCAUCUUCAGACGGACAGCCCCUCAUGGCACUCGACCAGAACCAGCCAGGCUUUUACGCUGCCCUUGAAGCCCUGGACAACAUCUCGUCACGUACAAAUGACACCGUGUUCAUCUUCUACGUCAAGGAAGGCCAGUCCACCGCUGCCGAGAUUCUCGGUAACGUGGCGAGCAGCCGUAACGUGCACCCCCAGUUCCUGGAGUUCCUGCGGUCUCUGGGCUGGCCCGUUGACGUUGGCAUGCACACGGGCUGGACCGGCCACGUCUCCACCUCCUGGAGGGUCACCAGCGGCGACUUCAACAUCGCCGACCUGCCGGCGGACCACGGGGGCAGUCUGUACAGCGGGCACCAUCAAGUGCUGUACUGGUCGGACGUCCUGUCGGAGGUGGUCUUUGUGGUGCCCUCUCCCAAGAGCCUGCCCAAGGACGUCCUCUCGGGAGAAGUCACCCUCAGGCCCAAAGCCGACAGCUGCUCGGAGCGUACCUCGACCAUUGUGGGGCCCAGCGACGACGCGGGCUCGACGACGCCACUCGAGGUGAACGCGGGGGAGAAGGCGAGGGCGAUGUCGCUCAACCUGGAUGCGGGGGAAGGUGUGACCAGGCCUGCCAGGUCGCGCCCGGCUCGCUCUACCCACGUGACCUCCGCAGAGGUCAAGGUGCUGGUCGUCUGGCUUGAAAGCUUCGAAGAUGCCCUCUCCUUCCCUCUGGGCGACCUGCUGCCGGCCACCAACACUGGCCAGGAGUCUUUGUGCGGCCGAGGAUCUGAGCGAGACGUCUUCGUCAUCUUCGUCCACGCACUGCAGAGUGGACUGUUCCGCAUCAAGGUCCAGAGCCGGGGAGCAAAAACGACGCAGGCGCUGCCGCUGGUGGACGGAAUGGUCGUCAGCCGCCGGGUGCUCGGCGUCUUGAUUCGCCAAACGGCCAUCAACCUCUGUCGGCGAAGGAGACUGGAGGCAGAAAUGUGCCCUCCUCCUCACGUACGUCGUAGGAUGAAGAUCCAGGAAAUUGCCAACAAGUUCCAGGUCCAUCAGAUGCAGCCUCAGCUGUAUCAGCAACUGUUCAAAAACACGCACUGAACGGGCCGUCGAGAGGCCCGUUCCAAGCUCGCCGGGGUUCAAAGACGACCCCACGGCCGAAGCAAUGCGGCGCACCCAUGCCGCCACGCGUCCUCAGAAAACGUCCACCGCAAACGGACUGCGACUGCCAUAGUUUGACCGUCUGUACCGGGAUGUCAACCUCGUCCAAUUGUACGGCUUCCUCAAAGGAAUGUACGAGGAACGUGGGCUACGAGCACGGGAGGAUCAAAGCACGGCCGGGAAACAUUUUCUUUUAGUCUGUUUGCAGGUUGAGGAUGGCGGGACAAGCUCCACCCACGGAGUCCUCCAUCCUUUCCACUUUGGCAGAGCGAAUGCUGAGAGGAAGAGAGUGGAGAGCAAGAAACCACCAAUCGUGGCGAGCAGAGAGCUUAGUGGGCGGGGCCUGUUGUGCUGUUCUUAGCCCACAACAGGCUGUAAGGAUGUUGCCGUUUUACGUGCAAUUUUAUUCAAAGUUAACAAGGGUAUUUGUUUUGAGUCAGCGACUCAAGAUAUUUAAAUUAUUUUCAGCCUCGGCAUGCCAUUUGUAAAACUUGCAAUGAAAGUUAGAUUUUUUUUUUUUUUACUGUAUGGAAAGCAGUAAAGCUUUUAAUAAUUUGAACAAUUGCAGCCUUGUCUCAGCCAUCCUUGCUAGAAGAAAUCAGUUUUUAUUUUUUCAGUUCUCUCGCAUGGUGGCUGGCUUGGCUUCAGAAACGUGCAUUUCCUGCAACUGUUCAAGUCUGAGAUUACGUAGUGGCCAACUUGAGCAGCAAUACCUCAAGGUCUGAUACCAGUUAUUCCAUUAUAUAAUUUCAAAUGACAAUUCAAUGAAAAUGGAGACCAGCAUUUGAAUCAGGCUGGUACAUGAGGUUCCUGUCAAUUUAUGACGAUACCGUAAAAAUUUGCACCACCAUUUCUUCUCAAGCUUCUGAGAUUGCCGCAGUUGGUUUCUAAUCGUCGAGUGUGACUGGACUGGACUGCUACAGUUGUGUGAAGUGGUGCCUUGGUGUAACACAAACUAUAAAAAUAUAUAACAUCUGCAGUAUUGUUAAUAAAAUGGGUACAAAGAUUUUCAA